AUGUCUAACAGAAGAUCAAGACAAUCUUCAAGUGCUUCAAGGAUCUCCGAUGAUCAAAUGAUCGACCUUGUAACUAAGCUCCGUCAGAUUUUGCCAGAGAUUGGUCAACGGCGUCGUUCUGAUAAGGUGUCAGCGUCGAAAGUGUUGCAAGAGACAUGCAACUACAUACGAAACUUGAACAGAGAAGUUGACAACCUCAGUGAGCGUUUGUCUCAGCUUCUCGAAUCUGUCGAUGAAGAUAGCCCUGAAGCCGCCGUUAUUAGAAGCUUACUCAUGUAA